UGCUGCAGAAAAAGGCUUCCCUGUCUCCCCUGUGCGUCCGCCUAAAACACCCCCUGGCCGCCGGUGCUCGCCGGAACCAAUUAGCAUCCCCCUCCGGCAACACCGACCGGGAUACGCUUUUUUUUUUAACCCCCGGAACCAGAGCACGCAAGCGAGCACGUCUCGGCAUCGCCCCUCUCUCGGUGGGUGGACCGCGACUGAAGCGUCGGACGUAUUCGGAGGGGAGCGAGUGAGUGCGGAAUGGCCGAGCAACAACAGCAGCAACAACAGCAGGAGGAGGAGGAGGAGGGGAUGAAGUCGCCCGACACGCCGGUGCCAGGUGGUUCGCCGACUGGGAAAGCGCUGUCCCUGGCCCGUCUGCUGCAAUACGAAUGCUCCCGCUUGCUCCAGUUAUACAUGGAGCAGGAGACCUUCUUGUCAGAGCAGCCCCCAAAGGGCAGUCGUAUGGUGUCCCUGAGCCCAAGCGCUGAGCAGCCGGAUCCGGAGGAGGCGGUGCGGCGGCUGCACGCCGCCCUGCGCCAGUGCCUGGGCCUGCUGCACAGUGCCAUCGCCCGGGCCGAGGAGGAGUGGGGCUCGUUGGAGGGUGACUACGAGACCCUGCGCCACACCGUCCGAAUGCGACUGGAGCAUUUACUUCACACGACAAAAAAUCUCCUGCAGACGGACGACGCCACGCUGGAAGUCACCCCAGACAUCCGGUGUGAUGAGGAAACUGACGGCGGGGGCGGGGGGGCUUUCCAGCUCAAAAUAUGGACGCAUCGCGUGCUGCUGGAGCUGGUCCACUGGGCCGACCACGCCACGCAGGCUCUACACGUUCUCCACACGCAGCGGGAAGGAACGCAAGAUGUCUAAAGCGGCAAAUGAACUCACUCCAUGCUAACCACUGGCAUCCCAUCAUUAAUACGGAAUUGGACAGUGGCGGUUCCUUUAUACACCACAACUUCACAACUUGUUUUUCUUCCUAUCCAGCAUAGUAAAUGCUCUAUUCUGGUUGGCACUUGCCAUUCAAGUAAUAAUCUUAUUCUUAAUCAAAUUUAAUACAUUUGUUCAAACCACAGCAUUCUAGUCAGACCACCUGAAAUUGAUUAUAAUGCACCACGAGUGGUUAGAAUUGAACACCUUAUUUUUUUUUUUUGGUUUACUUUCAAUCUUGUUGAAUAUAUUGUUGGGUUCCACAAUGUCAUUGGAGCUGGUGUAUAAAAGGCCAACUCAACAGUCACUGUCCAAAUCCUGUGGAACAACACACUGCUUCACUAACAGCUAAGCUCUUUUAAUGAGGCCCGGCUUUGCCCUGGCGGUAUUUCCUCUGCGAGUGCUAAAAUGACCUCCAGUUGACCACCAUUUGCUGUGAGGCCCGUGUGCAGUGACCCACUUUCCAAGUAUCCUGUGUGUAAUUUAUUCUAUUUAUUAGAACAUAUUUAAUAUUCUAACAAACUAACUGCUAGAAGUAGCCAAAAAUACCUGACUGACUGACAAACUGUGACUGUUUUAUUUCUUUUUGUUUUUCCCCUCUCGAUGAUUCCAAAAAGGAUGGUCUUUAUUGUUUGUAUGAUUUGCUCCUGAUGUUCUACUUGAAUGUGCUGCUGCUACACUGUUGGAUCCACCAGAUGUUUCCCAACCUCAGGGGUCGGGGACCCAAAAUGAGUGCGGAUCAAUUUUGUUUAGGGUCACGAGAAAUAAAUCACAUUUAAACAUCUUAA